GAAUUUCCGGCCCGCAUACUGUACUAGGAGAAGAGAGGUCACGGCGUUAGUUCCAGGGACAUUGCUGCUUGUUUAUGGUGACAGCUUAAAGCCAGUGGGAUGGCCGCCUCCCCGGCAGAGCUCAGCGGGCAGCAGCCGCCGCCUCAGCACAGUGCUGUGCAGGCCCCUGGAGUUGGUUACGUGCCUACCGAAGAUGAGAGAAGAGUGUUCAGAGAGUGUAACGAGGAGAGCUUUUGGUACAGAUCUGUCCCUAUUGCUACGAUAAGCAUGAUUCUUACACAGGGCCUCGUCUCCAGAGGAAUUCUUACAGCAUCUUCAAGAUUUGGCUCUGCCCCUAAAGUGGCAUUUGCUGGGUUUUGUGGAUAUCUGAUCGGAAAAGUCUCCUACAUGAAAAACUGUCAAGAAAAGUUCAAGAGGCUGGAGAAUUCCCCACUAGGAGAAGCCCUCCGCCAAGGAUACAGACCUUCCACUGGGCCGUCUGGUGGCAGGGCUUCUGAGUUUUCUGAUGAUGCUUUCGGAAAGGCACCGGCACCCACAGGUUCUGCUCACCCUAGCGAGGUACCGCCUCGCGUGCGUGUGCGUCCCAGCGAGUACGACUCAAGUCAGUAUGACUCGAGUCCUGCCACUGUCCCAUUCAGUGCUUCUCUCAGCGAAUCUUCAACCACUGGAAUAACUGAUAGCAUUGCACGAGGGCCAGAACCUUUCCUGGAGGAAAUUCCCAAGCGAAAACCCAUGACUUACGAUGAACUGAGAAACAAAAACAGGGAAACCUACGAGAUAGCUGUGACACAGAGAGCUGACACUCCUGCAAAACUCUCUUCAGAUAGAGCCCCCAGGAAAGAAGUUAAGACUAACAAAUAUGGUGAUGUAUGGGAAGAGUGAAGAAAGGACACAUCGCCUAUUUACAGGAUGAAUGAAUACUGCUGUUGUGGUGGAUACAUUGUCUGCCGAUGAUUCUGACAAUGAAAAGCUCGUUUUAAUAGGUUGUAAUUCUACUGCUUGGGUUAAAUCUGCACAGGUCGAGGAUUUCUCACAAUAAACCCCAAUGAAAAAAAAAACCAACUAUUUUCUGCAUAUUAAAUUUGCAUUUUGUCUACUA